AUGACCUGCCUCGUCCGCGAAAAGCAAAUGUCGGAGCCCGACGGACGUGGUGCUAGCGCCGUAGCUUGCGCUCAACACCUUUUGCGUUCGGCUGGUGGACAGUUUCUCGUUGACCUCUGCGUUAUGCUUAUUGGAGGUGAGCGCAGCCAAGGCUCAAGACACGAGGCAGUGAAGGACGACAGCGCCAGACAGUCAUCUGCAGGAGGACCAGGUUCGGCGGCCAGCUCGUUGGCUAUCCUUCUCACAGCACAGCCAACGUGUCUUGGUCGUCGCAUCGCAUCAGGGCAGGGUAACCAAGACGCGCCUCAGACACGCCAGCAACGCAACAGAAUCCAGCAGCGGAUCAGAAACAGCAGAUUUGCUGCGAGAUGUGUGUACCCGCCCUCGCAGGAGUCAUCGAGCGCCAGCUGGCCAAUCCCCUCUGCUCAGGUGACGCCCAUCCGGCGCCGAUGA